AUGCCGCCAUCUAGUGGCGGCACGGGGGACGGUACAGGGCAGAGCCGGUUCUCGUGGCGCAGAAGAGCCUCGGAACGCAGUCCUUUCUUUAGAAAGUGUGGGAAUUCAGGGCUGGGAAAAUUGAGCCGAGUCAUCCCAACUGGCUGGCACCCCAGGAACAGCAGCCCCUGGACCCGGGCUCCGGCGGCUGGCGCCAGCGCCUCGCCACGUGACAGCCGCAGUUCCAUGGACCAAAUGCAGAGAAAAGUUCUGGGAAAGCCCCUUUCCAUCCCCACCGGCCAGCCCAAGAGGAAAAGGACAUCAGUGAUAUCUUUCUUUUCCAAGGUCUCUUGGAAACUGAGGUUCCAGAAGUGGGAGCCCCUGAAGAAUGUGUUUUUCAUCUUGGCAGAAAGAGCCCGGGACCCCAGUGCUAAAAAGCGUCACAUGGCGAUGAGAGGCGUAGGGACCAUGGUCUGUGAGAACCCUGACAAGGUGAGAAAGUAUAAGAAAAUUGUCCUAGACCUGCUGGUGCAUGGAUUGUAUGAUCCCAUGAGUUCCGAAGUCAUCCACGAGAGUAUGAAGAUUCUGACCAUCAUCCUGGGCAAGAUCCAAGGAAAAGGUCUGGGCUCCUUCUUCGUAGAUAUCACUCUUCAGACCAGGACACUACUAGAUGACGAGAACGACAGCCUGAGAUACUUGGCCUUUGUCUUGUUCGGGCAAUUGCCUGCCUUUGCUGGGCGGAAAUGGAAGAAAUUUUUUACCAAUCAAGUUAAGCAGACUCAAGAUUCCCUCCUGAUCCACUUACAGGAUAGAAAUCCCCAGGUUGCCAAGGCUUGCAAAGCCACGGUUCGAGCCUGCGCUCCGUUUCUGAGGCAAAGGAAGGAACACAGCUUCCCGAGCGACGAUCAAAGGAACCGCAAGCUCUGCAGGCAGCUGAGCCACUGUCAUCCAGAGCUCCUGCAGUACUUCUACGCAAAUAAAAUUCUGUAAACGCAGAGCCGCAGGGACAUGCUUCCGUGAACACAUUGCAGGAGGGCUGAUAUCCCCCUCUUCUGACUCCCCAGAUGCUUCUGCCUGCCUCCUGUGAUUGCAAUAGAAAAGGGGGUGUUGGGAGAGCAAUGGAUGGCAAAAAGAAUA